AUGACUGCCACAAAUAUCACUGUAAGCGAACAAAAAUUACGAGCGAAACUUCCAGAGAUUGAUCUCGAAAAGUUUGACGGUUCUCGCGCGAAGUGGGCUUCUUUCAAGAGCCAAUUUACCGCUCUUGUUCACAAUCAAAAUGCACUCUCCAAUGAUGCUAAGGUUCAUUACCUAUUCACGAGCGUGAUAGGCAGCGCCCGCACUAAGAUCGAUGAGUAUGAGAUGAAUGCGGAAGAUUAUCUCAAUGCGUGGCGAGCUCUCCUCGAUUUUUACGAUCACAAGCGUAUCGUAGCCACUCGGCAUCUGAAUGCCGUGCUUGAUCUUCCAAGGGUCGGAAAGCACAAGGACCAAAAGGAGGUCACUCUUUCUGAAUUGUACGAUUCGGCUCGGCAACAUAUUAACGUCCUCAAACGCCUCGAUGUAAAUUAUGGCGAGGAUCUGGUGGUUCGUUGUAUUGAAAGACGCCUCCCUCCUUAUCUUUAUGGUCGUUGGAACGACAAGUUAGAUGUCAAUGAGUUACCAUCGUUGGACUCUUUGUUCAAAUUCAUCCAGAGAGCCAUUUUCAAGCAAGAAGCCUUUGAUGAAUCCAAUGAUUAUCAAUCUAACUCGAAAAAGCGUCCCGCUGCUUCUAAUCCUCAACGAGCUUCAAAGAGCUCCAAAACCACUGCCACCUCUUUCGCCACCACGCUCUCUCAGCCGUCGACUUCGUCAACACCAACGGCUCGGACUCCUCUGGUGUGUCCCAAAUGUAAAGGUUCGCACCAACUUUUCAAAUGCGAAUCUUUCAAAUCUCUCGACGUUCAAUUACGCUGGGAUUACGCAAAGAAUAACAAGCUUUGUUUCAAUUGUCUCUGGGCCCAUAAAUUCCCGUGCGGUAGCACGAAAACUUGUAAAGAGUGCGGCAAGAGGCACCACACCCUUCUCCAUAAUACUAAGUCACAAUUGAUGACUACAGCUGUGGUCAAGGUCAAAAACAAUCGUGGUAAUCUUGUCGUGGCACGCGCUUUAUUAGAUUCUUGUUCAACUGUAAAUUUAAUUACCGAAAAUUUUGCAAAAUCUUUGCGUUUGUCUGAGUUUCUCUGUUCAGUCAGCAUUGGAGCAGUUGAUGGUUUAUGCACUGUUUCACAAAGGUACAUUCAAGCUAGUAUCCACUCUAAAUAUAACGACCAUAUUCAACAAAUUCAACUUUUAAUAGUUCCAAAGAUUGCCGAAGCUGUGCCUAACGACGUUUUUCCACGUGAGUUCUUCGACAUCCCCAAAAACAUAAAACUAGCAGAUCCUCAGUUUUAUUUACCUAAGUCCAUUGAUGUUUUGCUAUCAUCCGGUGUCACCUUAUCAGUUUUAGCCGUUGGUCAGAUUAAACUCCAACGGGAAAAUUCCGAGAUCAUUUUGCAAAAGACAAGUUUAGGAUGGAUUGUAGCUGGUGGGAGCAUUGACCAGUCAUCUUAUAGUUCUGCGUCUUGUCACAUGGUUAAGUUAGAUAAGCUCAUCGAACGUUUUUGGCUGAUCGAAGAUCUUGAUCAUGAGCCCAAUAAAUCUCGUGAUGAGGUUGCAUGUGAACAACAUUACAUUGCUCACACCCAACGUGAUUCUUCUGGUCGUUAUAUCGUUCGUCUUCCAUUCAGAGACUCCAAAUUUGAUUUAGGUAAUUCUAAGUCUCAAGCUCUCAAACGUUUCGAUUCCCUCCAAGCAAAAUUUGCUAAGAAUCCGUCACUGAAGGUUGAGUAUUCCAAGGUGAUGGAUGAGUAUAUUUCUCUGGGUCACAUGACUCUUUGUGAGGAUAACCAAGAUGGUUAUUUUCUACCCCAUCAUGCAGUCGUAAAGGAAUCUAGUGAGACUACUAAAGUUAGAGUUGUUUUCGACGCCUCUUCUAAAACUUCUACGGGCAUUUCUCUCAAUGAUACGCUCAUGGUAGGCCCAACUAUACAAAACACUAUUUUCGAACAAGUUCUUCGUUUUCGUACUCACUCCUUUGCGAUCACUGCCGACAUCGAAAAGAUGUAUCGUCAGAUUUUAAUUCAUCCCGAUGAUCGAAAAUACCAAAGGAUUCUCUGGUAUCAUGAAGGAGAGGUCAAGACCUUCCAACUCAAUACAGUUACCUUUGGGGUAGCUGCAGCUCCAUUCCUUGCAAUUCGCACCAUUCAACAACUUGCUCGUGACGAGGCCAGAGAUUUUCCAAGAGCUAGUAAAUUACUCUUUCGUGACUUUUAUGUAGACGACUUUAUUUCUGGUUCAAAUACUCUUGAAGAACUUUUGGUAAUUCGUGAUGAAAUGAUAGCUUUGUUGCGUAGAGGAGGUUUCAUCAUUCUAAAAUGGGCUUCAAAGCAUCUAUCUGCUAUGAAUACCAUUGACAAGAAGGUGUUCGAUCUUGACUGUUGUCAGAGAAGAUCCCAUUCAGAAAACUUUGGGUGUCGUGUGGGAUUCUCAAAGGGACAUCCUGCAAUAUUCUGUUUAUUAGGACCAGUCGUAUUGUUAGCCAAAACCUUGAUUCAGGAUUGCUGGAAGGCCAAGGUUGGCUGGGACGAAUUGCUUCCUCAAGAUAUCCAUACCAAAUGGAAAUCCUUCGUUCUUCAAUCAUCAUCUCUGAAACAGGUCUCGUUUCCUCGUCAAUUUUUAAUUCCAAAUCCAACUAGGAUUGAACUUCAUGGCUUCUGUGAUGCCUGCAACUACGGUUAUGGUGCCUGCUUGUUCUUGAAAUCUGUAGACUCCUCAAACAACGUGAUAAUUCGCUUAGUUUGUAGUAAAUCUCGAGUCGCUCCCUUGAGCGGCGUGACAAUCCCUCGAUUGGAAUUGUGCGCUGCUUCGGUUCUCAAAAAACUUUACGUCGAUGCUAAGUCUCAAUUCGAUUUUCCAAUUGAUCAAACAAUAUUCUGGUCUGAUUCCACUAUUGUUCUCGCGUGGUUGAAAAGGGCUCCUCAUCUCCUCAGAGUUUUCGAAUCCAACAAGGUUGCUGAUAUUCAAACGUUAGGUGAACAAGUUUCCUGGAGACACGUCCGUUCAGAGGACAACCCUGCAGACGCCCUUUCUAGAGGACAACUACCAGCCGACUUUCUAGAUAACUCACUUUGGACUUCAGGACCAUCUUGGCUUUCCCUGCCUUCACAAGAAUGGCCCAAAUCCGUUGAAACUUCUCCUAAAGAGCUUCCUGGUCUUAAGAAAGGAGUGUGUCUGUUGACAACACCAAAUUCAUCAUUCAGCGAAAUCUAUUCACGUUUCUCCGUCUACGGUCGAUUGACUAGAGUAAUAGCAUAUGUUCUUCGAUGGAGACAAAGGUCUCGUGAUCAAGGUAAGACAACUCAAUUGUUUCCCGACGUAGAAGAAUCUUCAAUCAGGAUGAAGAAAAUUCUUCAGUUAGUUCGUCCCCUUCUUUCUUCGGAAGUCAUGGCUUCCGAAAUUAGCGUCGUUAAGUCGAUGCAACAAGAAAGGUUUCCCAAUGAGCUUCGUAAAUUGUCUCAAACUUCUAAUUCCUUCAAACGGGGAACUAGUUUCGAUAACUUGGCUCCCUUCAUAGGAGACGAUAAGGUUAUCCGUGUGGGUGGACGUUUGAACAAGUCUCAGCUUCCAUACAAUCAAAGGCAUCCGAUUCUUUUGCCUCAGAACCAUCAUAUUACAGACUUGAUCAUUCGUCAGACUCACCUUUCCAAUCUUCACGCUCGUAUUUCAACCACUCUCUAUGCUGUUCGCAAUAAAUUUUUCAUCUUGAAUGGAAAAAAUCAAGUUAGAAGAGUCAUUCGACGUUGCGUAGAUUGCAUUCGUCAAAAACCACCGAUAGCUCAUGCGCAAAUGGGAAAUUUGCCGGAGCCUCGAGUUUCAGAAUCCCCUGCUUUUGAUCGCACAGGGGUCGAUUUCUUUGGUCCACUUCUCAUCAAGGAGAAAGCUCAUCGUAACAAGUCCUUCCUCAAGGUGUAUGGCUGUGUUUUCGUAUGCUUAGCAUCAAAGGCCGUUCACAUCGAACUAGCGCUCGAUUUAUCCGCUCAAGGUUUCUUAGAUGCCUUUGAUUGUUUUACAUGUCAUCGAGGUCUCCCUAGUCACAUGUAUUCUGACAACGGUACCAAUUUUGUGGGAGCAAAUCGUGAACUUCAAGAACUCUACGAUUUGUUCGAAAGCCCGGAAUUCCGCAAACAAGUUGGAGAAAAUAGGAUUGCGAAACGUGUGGAGUGGCACUUGAACCCUCCUUUAUCACCACAUUAUGGGGGUCUUUGGGAAGCGGCCGUUAAGAGCUUCAAACAUCAUUUGAAGCGCGUCCUAAAUCAACAGCUCACUUAUGAGCAACUAGAAACCUUUCUGAUAAAAAUUGAAGCGAUCUUAAACUCGCGACCUCUUUGUGUUCUCUCCGCCGAUCCGAAUGAUCCUUUAGCAGUCACUCCAGCUCACCUUUUGAUCGGUAGACCUAUAAAUGUCUUACCCGAAAAAUCUCUUUUAUCAGUUCCAGAUAAUCGUCUUUCCACCUCCAAGUUCUUGAUCAAGGCCCGUCAGAACUUCUGGAACAAAUGGCAUAAGGAGUAUUUACACGAACUUCAGAUUCGGCAAAAAUGGCAAACCUCCAACUCGACACUCCAACCUGGAAUGAUCGUCCUUCUCAUGGACGAUCUCUCACAUUGCGCAAAAUGGCCACUGGGAGUGGUCCUCGAGGUCUUUCCUGGGAAAGAUCUGUGGUCGGACUAUUAUAAAUCUCUUGACGAAGAAGUCGACGUAGAUGAUUUGAUUCGAUCAAAAAAUUUAGCGAAUUCUGCUUUCAUUGUUCUUAAUCGAUAUUUGAAGUUGAGUAAUUUAUCUCUAGCAAUACUACAAAGUGGUCAAACUUGUGCUAUACACUUGAUAGCCUUAGAAACGCAAUUGAAUAAUUUCAUAAAAAUCGGUGGAACUAUUCAGACAUCACAAUUAAAUAUAGAUGAAAUUCAAGGAGAUGGUGUUGUUUUUUAUUCUGCUUUUGAACAUCGUAUUAAUACUGUAGUUCUAGCAAAUCAGCAUCAUGUGGAUAUAAAUACGUUUUUAAAUGCAGCAAACAAACUUUUACAAAAGCAAAUAUCGAAGUUUCUAGUUAUCCACAAUGCAUUGAAGAUAACUAUGGAAUUUUCAGCUCAGUUUAUUAUUAAAAAGAAUAAUGUAAAAGAUAUUCAAAUUUAA